AUGAGCUGCGAGCCUGAGUGGAUGCGACAGGGUCUGCCCUGCCCCCACGGCUUCGAGGUUCCGCUUCCCUUCUCAACUUUCACGCUGCCGCGCGAGCCGAGGGCUUUGGAUUGUUUGGCCGCCCUCUUUUGUACGCUGCCCUUCGACUGGUUGAUGCUUUGGCUGUUCCUGGCGGUGAAAUGCCGCGGACUGCGCGAGCUGGCUCUGGGCACCUUGCUCCUUUGGAAUGGCUUGGCGAUUUUGGUCUUCCAGACCGCCGUGCUUCAGCCCAGGCCUACCCAGAGCUGUCUUGGCGAGUGCGGCAUGCCUAGCGGGCACGCGAUGAUGUGUUUGUCCUUGACAGUUUUUACCUGCUGCGAGCUGCUGCACAGAUGGCCCCCGAGUCUACAACGCUUUGGAGCGAUUCUUCUGCUCGUCUUGACGCACCUGCCGGUGACCUGGGCAAAGCUUCACGUGCACGACCACACCUUCGAGCAGGUGUCUGCCGGGGCGUCGCUUGGGUGCCUGCUGGGUGUGGGACAUUUCCUGGCUGUGCGCAAGUGCUUCGACCGCGGUGGCAAAGUUUGCAAAGCCACAGGCCUUGUGGACAACUACUGGCCUCAGGAGGGAUACGCGCCAUUGCCCUGA